UAACCUGGGUAGCUGUGGUUACAACUAACUGCAAAAAGGGCCAGAGGGUAGAGGAUCCCGUAACAUUUCCAUAUCCGAUCUCUGCUCUCUCUGCUGAGCACAGUGGCACCAGGCCAGGCACGAGGCUGAGCUAAGGCCUAUCUGAUGGAGCAGAUCUCUGAGCUGAGCGAAGAAGGGCCGCCCUGGGCAAGCUUACACGGUAGAACAGAAUGGAGUUGCGACCCUACCAACAGGAGGUGAUCACGCCUGCCCUGGAGGGCAAGAAUAUCAUCAUCUGGCUGCCCACCGGUGCUGGGAAGACCCGGGCGGCUGCUUAUGUGGCCAGGCAGCACCUAGAGACUGUGGAUGGAGCCAAGGUGGUUGUAUUGGUCAACAGGGUGCACCUGGUGACCCAGCAUGGUGAAGAGUUCAGCCGCAUGCUAGAUGGACGCUGGACCAUGACAACCCUGAGUGGGGACAUGGGGCCACGUGCUGGCUUUGGCCACCUGGCUCGGUGCCAUGACCUGCUCAUCUGCACAGCAAAGCUGCUGCAGAUGGCACUAACCAGCCCUGAGGAGGAGGAGCACGUGGAGCUCACAGCCUUCUCUCUGAUCGUGGUGGAUGAGUGCCACCACACCCACAAGGACACUGUCUACAACAUCAUCAUGAGCCAGUACCUAGAACUUAAACUCCAGAGGGCACGGCCCCUGCCCCAGGUGUUGGGUCUCACAGCCUCCCCAGGCACCGGCGGGGCCUCCAAGCUCGAUGGAGCCAUCAACCACGUCCUACAGCUCUGUGCCAACUUGGACACGUGGUGCAUCACAUCACCCCAGAACUGCUUCCCCCAGCUGCAGGAGCACAACCAGCAGCCCUGCAAACAGUACGACCUCUGCCAAAGGCGCAGUCAGGAUCCGUUUGGGGACUUGCUGAAGAAGCUCAUGGACCAAAUCCACGACCACCUGGAGAUGCCUGAGUUGAGUCGGGACUUUGGGAAACAGACGUAUGAGCAGCAGGUGGUGAAGCUGAGCGAGACUGCGGCUUUGGCUGGGCUCCUGGAGCAGCGGGUUUACGCGCUUCACCUGAGGCGCUACAAUGACGCGCUCCUCAUCCACGACACUGUCCGCGCCGUGGACGCCCUGGCUGCGCUGCAGAAUUUCUAUCAAAGGGAGCAUGCCACUAAAACCCAGAUCCUGUGUGCUGAGCGCUGGCUGCUGGCCCUGUUCAAUGACCACAAGGAUAUGCUGGCCCACUUGGCAACUCAUGGCCUGGAGAAUCCAAAACUGGAGAUGCUGGAAAAGAUCCUGCAGAAGCAGUUCAGGAGCUCUGACAGCCCCCGGGGCAUCAUCUUCACCCGCACCCGCCAGAGUGCGCACUCCCUCCUGCUCUGGCUCCAGCAGCAGCCGGGCCUGCAGACUGUGGACAUCCGGCCCCAGUUACUGAUUGGAUCUGGGAACAGCAGCCAGAGAACCCACAUGACCCAGAAGGACCAGCAAGAAGUGAUCCGGAAGUUCCGAGAUGGAACCCUGAACCUUCUGGUGGCCACCAGUGUGGCGGAGGAGGGGCUGGAUAUCCCACAGUGCAACGUGGUGGUGCGCUAUGGGCUCCUAACCAAUGAGAUCUCCAUGGUCCAGGCCAGAGGUCGUGCCCGAGCGGGUGAGAGUGUGUACUCAUUUGUAGCAACUAAGGGUAGUCGGGAGCUGCAGCGGGAGCUGAUCAACGAGGCGCUGGAGACGCUGAUGGAGCAGGCAGUGGCUGCUGUGCAGAAAAUGGACCGGGCCGAGUACCAGGCCAAGAUCCGGGAUCUGCAGCAGGCAGCCGUGACCAAGCGUGUAGCCCAGGCAGCCCAGCGCGAGAGCCAGCGGCAGCAGUUCCCCAAGGAACACGUGCAGCUACUCUGCAUCAACUGCAUGGCGGCUGUGGGCCAUGGCAGUGACCUGCGGAAGGUGGAGGGCGCCCACCACGUCAACGUGAACCCCAACUUCUCGAUCUACUAUAACGUCUCCAAAGAGCCUGUGGUCAUCAACAGAGUCUUCAAGGACUGGAAACCUGGGGGUGUCAUCAGCUGCAGGAACUGUGGGGAGGUCUGGGGUCUGCAGAUAAUCUACAAAUCAGUGAAGCUACCAGCGCUCAAAGUCCGCAGCAUGCUUCUGCAGACCCCUCAAGGGCGGAUUCAGGCCAAAAAGUGGUCCCGCGUGCCCUUCCCUGUGCCUGACUUUGACUUCCUGCAGCACUGUGCCCAGAACCUGAUGGACCUCUCCUUGGACUGACCACCUUGUUGCUGCAGUACCCGGCUCGGGCUGUAGGGGGCAGGAGAGUCCACAGCUGCAGUCGUCUUCCCUGGGAUACAGCCUGGUCCAGGCCCCUCUUUCUGGAAUCACCAGCUGUGGGCAUCAGGCCCACCAGUCACAGAGGAGUCCUGGGCAUCCUGGCUUGGGCAUCCUGGCUUAGGCUCCCGAAAUGGGGAAGCAACUGGAGGGCCAGACCUCAGCCCCGGACCCACCUCGGACGCACAUAGUCAUUUUCAUAUGCACUGGAUGGAGUUGGGGAAACGGAGGCAAAAGAAUUGCCACACUUUGGACUUGGCUGCCAUUAAAAAUAAAAAUAAAAAAAAACAAAGAGCUGGUCCGAGUGCAGUGGUGUUUACAACUAAUUGAUCACAGCCAGUUACAGAUUUGUUACUUCUUCACUCCCACUGCUUCACUUGACUAGCCUAAAAAAUAAAGAAAUAAAUAAAUUGCCAUACUAUACUCUGAAUCAUCACAUUCUUUCCCUACCAAGGCCACUUCUAAUUUUUGAGGUUCUUUAUAAAAAUAAAUGGCUCACACCUGUAAUCCAAGCACUUUGGAGGCCAAGGUGGGUGGAUCACCUAGGGUCGGGAGUUCUAGACCAGCCUGACCAAUAUGGUGAAACCCCAUCUUAAAAAAGAAAAAAAAGAAGAUUGUCAUGUCUAAAAAAGAUAAACACAAAAAAGAAAAGAAAAUAUUGUCAUGUCUAGAUUUAAAUUUUAAGUCUGAGGUUUUAAAUGUUUUUGAGCUUAGAAAACCUAGUUGGAUGCAAUUUGGUCAUUAAUACCAUCAUAUCUUGCUUACAAAUAUUCCAUUGUUCUGUAGUUUAAAUCUAUUUGCUUUAUGAAAAUUCAUCACUGUGAUGCCUGUAUUCUUUUUUCCCUUUUUAUUCUGUUUAACAGAAUAUGAGCUGGCUGUCAUUUACCCACCUCUUUCCCACUGAAUAAAUGAAUUAUUUAGUUUCCCUGUAAAAAAAUAAAUAAAUGGAAACAUGGGGUAGAAAA